UUGCAUCAUUACAUUCUUAUCCUUGCUAAAGCCUAAAACCACUCCAGAGUUCAGUUGACGUCUCGCCUGCUCAAUCACCUUCCUCCCUGAAGUGCUUGCGCUUUCUUCAUUUCGGUUUCCAAGAAAUUCUGAGGAAGGGGAUUUUGAAGGAGAAUGGAUCAAUCUGGGAGUAAAAAUGAUGCUGCAGCUUUACCUAGUCCAGAUUCUCAGAAGAACAAACCGAAGAGGAAGAUACCGAGUCCGAGAGAGCUUGUAGCACAAUAUGAGUCCCGAGGCAUGGAUACCCAGGAAGCCUCCUUUAAAGUUAUUGAGGAUCUCCAGAAUGCACUAUUCAGAACCAUGCUUUCGAAUCGAAAAGACCGAAAAAGUCCUCCUGGGCAGUCUCCUGAUAUAUCGAGGAAGCUGGAUGUGAUCAAUGGGCGUCUUCUUCAGCUUGAUAUGAAGGUUGAUUCUAAGCCAGGCUACCCACAAAUGCUGGCUAUUGGGGUAACAUCUGGUGCCAUUGUCGGUGCUGUUGCCAAAGGUGCUUCCGAGAUUUGGGCUGCUAUUCAGCGUACUACAAGCACAACCAAUUGAUUGUCUUACUAACUCUAGCUAGCUGAAAGUAGUUGACAUAUUAGCCGAGCUUCUCAAUUAAGUGCGAGAUUCAAAUGUCAUCAUCUCUUGAACUUGUGAUGAAUUUCCUCUCAAUAUAAGUUUUGUUCUGGUCUUAAAUGAUUUAUUGGUUACGGUGUGUAUGCAUACUGCUGAGUGCUGAGUUUUCAAUUGUAUCAAUCUCUUUGGGGUAUGUUCUUGUCUGUGAAUAUAAACUAGGGAGAUCAUGAGGAAAAGGUUCCUUCUUGUCCCAUCUUUAAAGGUUUCGAAUGUGUUGUUUUCAAGAUCAAGUCAUAUGUGCUUCAAUUGCUGAAAACAGGUGUUCCUGCUCACGUUCUGUUGAUCCAGUUUCUUGUUUUUCACCUGUUUAUUCAAUGUACUGUACCCUCCUAGAGAUGUAACUUUUCUGAGGAUUCAUUUCCUAAUAUGAAUCAGUGGUCUGUUGUCAUC